AUGAAGUCUUCACUUGCUCUUCUCGCGGCCGCGGCCGCCGUCAGCGCCACCGUCACCACAACAGAAUGGGUGAUCGAGGUUGUCACCGUCACUGUCACCGCCGACGCUGGUGACUUUGUUACGCCUACCUCUACCCCUACGCCCGAGCCUGUCACCACCUCGUCUGUCGUUGCCACGCCUUCGGCUCCUGCGCCCCCCCCUAACAGUGCCGUUGUUGAGGAGCCUAAGCCUACCACUACUAUUACCACCACCACCACUCUGGCCCCUGCUCCCACCCCGACUCCCGAGCCCGAGCCUGUUACCCAGACGCCAACCCCCGAGCCUCUGCCCGAGACAACACAGCCUGUACAGAGCGCACAGCCUACACAGACUUCGCAGCCCCAACCCCCCGAGACUGGUGCCCCCUCUGGCAGCUACCAGGACACCGUUGUCAAGUAUCAUAACGCCUACCGCAAGGACCAUAGCGCUGGCGAGCUUGCGUGGGAUGCAACUCUGGCCGGUUACGCCAAGGCGACUGCUGAAAAGUGCCAUUUUGCCCAUGACAUGACGCAGGGCGGCGGCAACUACGGCCAAAACCUCGCUAGUUACGGUGCCUCUAACAACCUUGGCACGGACGCCGCCGCCGCUGGCAAAGCCAUUGGCGAGCAGUGGUACGGACAGGAAGUCGGAAACUACAACUUCUAUGGCCAGGCCGACCCCCCUCCUGGUGCUGACUUCAACUCUUUUGGCCACUUCUCCCAGCUCGUCUGGAAGGACUCUCAAAAGGUCGGCUGCUACACCGCCACGUGCGGCGCUGGCACCGUCUUGAGCCUGCAAUCGAUGUUCACCGUCUGCAACUACGGCCCUCCUGGCAACUUCAAGGGCCGCUAUGGCACCAACGUUUUGCCCUCGCUUGGCCUCAAGAUCAGUCUCUGA